GGCUCAGCCUGCGUGACGUAGGAGAAGUGAGUCUCUGCUGCUGCUGUGGGCCCCGCGGGAGGGGGGAGGGCGUGAAUGACCAAAAAAAAAAAGUUCUGCGGAGCGUGUGACCCGCGAGCGUGGGCGCCUCGCCGCCGGCAGGUGAGGUGCGGGUUUACCCGGGAAACUCGGCGUGAAGAGAGCCGCAAAGAAGGCGGUGCGCUCUGGGUUUUUUCCCCGGAUUCGGCGUGGUGGGCGGCCGAGCGUCGUUUUAGGGCGCUUAGAAGGCCCCAGAACCUCGUACGAGACUGUGGCGCCGGCCUCGUCCAAGCUCCUACUGAGCCGAACGCUCUCAGGUUUCGGUCCGGUCGCUUGGCUUUGCGUCCGCGCUGUGGCGUCGGCCUCCCCCUCGCUCCAGCCUUGAGAGGUCGCUGUCCUGAUGCUCGCUGGCCGGUGAAACCGGGUAUACGAGUGGCCCCGUCUCCAGCCUCCCCUCCUCUGUCUCCGGGAAGCGCAGGAUCCAGGACGACCGCUGAAGUGGAUCGAGCGGAGGCAGAGCCACUUUCUGCUUUCUCGGAGCAACGCGCUUCCCUCUACUAUACUUGGAAUGUUCCUUAUGCUGAUAUGGUAACUUCAGAGUGUCAGUCAUCAAAGGUGAACAAAGGUCAAGGCAAGAUGCAUUGCAUUCCCUCUUCCAGUUGUCCUUAAACAAAAAAGGAACAAACCCCUCUGCCAUCUUGGGAAAUGAGAAGUGUUAUUCCCAUUCAUGACUAUGGAAUUCUGUGUUCCUUUGUGACAAUAGCUAUAUGGGUGCUGUAUCCUGUUCCAAAACAUCCUGAUUAGAGGUUAGCCGGAACAGCCUGAUAGGGGCCCAUUUCCAGAGAGACGUGGAUGAUGCCAGAACUAUGACAGGGGCUGCAGUCUUGGCAUUGAAGGGAGGUGAUCAGUUAUGGAACAGUCAAAGGAGGAAGUACCUGAAGUCAGGGAAGAAGAGGAGAAAAAGGAAGAGACAGUGAUGGCAGUAAAUGGAACCUCAGAGCCAAAUGAAGGUCUAGGCAAUUCAGCACCAUCUGCCAGCUAUACAGAUCUUUCCCAGAGUUCGUCUCCUUCUCUGUUGGACCAACUCCAGAUGGGCUGUGAUGAGGCAAAUUCAGGAAGUCUAAAUGUGGAAUGCAGAGUCUGUGGUGACAAGGCAUCAGGGUUUCAUUAUGGGGUACAUGCAUGUGAAGGCUGUAAGGGAUUCUUUCGUCGAACAAUCCGCAUGAAGCUAGAGUAUGAGAAAUGUGAGCGGAAUUGUAAAAUUCAGAAAAAGAACCGAAACAAGUGCCAGUACUGCCGCUUUCAGAAAUGCCUUUCACUAGGCAUGUCACACAAUGCCAUUCGUUUUGGCCGCAUGCCAGAAGCUGAAAAAAGGAAGUUAGUGGCAGGACUGACAGCUACUGAAAUCAGCUGCCAGAACCAGCAGGUGGCUGAUCUGAAAGUCUUUUCCAAGCACAUCUACAAUGCCUACCUGAAAAAUUUCAACAUGACCAAAAAGAAAGCACGAGGCAUCUUAACUGGAAAAGCCAAUAGCACCCCUCCUUUUGUGAUUCAUGACAUGGAUACCCUGUGGCAAGCUGAAAAGGGUCUGGUGUGGAAACAGCUGAUAAAUGGGAUGCCACCAUACAAGGAGAUUGGUGUUCAUGUUUUUUACCGCUGCCAGUGUACAUCAGUCGAGACCGUGCGGGAACUCACUGAAUUUGCCAAGAGCAUUCCCAGCUUCAUCAGCCUUUACCUUAACGAUCAAGUAACUCUCUUGAAAUAUGGGGUACAUGAGGCCAUCUUUGCUAUGCUUGCCUCUAUCAUGAACAAGGAUGGACUCCUGGUGGCCAAUGGCAAUGCUUUUGUGACACGUGAAUUCUUGCGCAGCUUGCGCAAGCCCUUCAGUGAAAUCAUGGAGCCCAAAUUUGAAUUUGCUGUGAAGUUCAAUGCCCUGGAGCUAGAUGACAGUGAUUUGUCUCUGUUUGUAGCUGCCAUCAUCUUGUGUGGAGACCGCCCUGGCCUAAUGAAUGUUAAACAAGUGGAGGCGAUACAGGACAAUAUUCUCCAAGCUCUUGAGUUCCAUCUACAAGCUAAUCACCCAGACAUUCAAUACCUCUUUCCUAAGUUGCUGCAAAAAAUGGCUGACUUGAGACAGUUAGUGACUGAGCAUGCACAGUUGGUGCAGAAGAUCAAAAAGACAGAGACAGAGACUUCACUGCACCCUCUCUUACAGGAAAUCUACAAGGACAUGUACUGAGAAGCUUAUAUUUAUCAGAUAGGUGAAAGCCAUGGAAUCCAGCAAACGCUUGUAUAUUAGCGAAGAAAUCCCUGCGUCUUUCAUUUCUUUACUAGAAUUACUUUUACUAGGUGAUUGGUCUAUGCUGUUGUGGUGGCUUACAGUGGAAAAUGGAAAUUUACCACUGGGUAUAGACCAGAGGGCUUCCGUUAACAUACACUAAAUGAAAUGUAAUUUGUUGCUACAGUUCAGCUCUUAGCACUAUACCAGAGCUGCUGAGGCAAUUUACAACCUCCCCCACCCUCCUGUAAAUUUACUUGAACUGUUAUAUUAUAUUAACAUGAAUUGUGCCCAAAUUAUUACAGCAAGCAGUACCUUGAAUUGGGAGGUACAGAAAUAGCACUUCAUCAUACUCUUGUUACAUAUUAUUUUUAUAUUUCAAAAAUUUUGGCUGGCCCUAAGUGUAAAUUAUAGGAUAUUAUAAGGAAAUAUAUUACAAGGAAAUGCGAAUAUAUAAAUUUUCCAAAGAAAUAUCCAAGUGUUGCAUGAAAAGUAUGAACACUCCUUGCAGAAAUUCUUUUACUGGAAAGGCAUUUCGUUUUUAACCUUAGUGCACAAAAAUAGAUUAUGUGUUCUGGCUGAAAGUCUUGUCUUCCACAUGGGUUUUUACAGGCCCCUGCUGAUUCUAUACUGCAGAUUGUUGAAGCUCUUCAUGAAUUAGAAUAGUGCUUGCUUAUUUACAUAGAAAAGUGGGUUUUCCCCUUCCUCUCUGUUCAGGUACUCACUCAGUAAAGAGCUGGGUCUGAAAAAGAGUGGGAAUGGCAUUUUCUCUUGGACGAUAGCUGCCAGACACAUUUGUAUCCUUCAUUUCAGCUAAAUUAGCUUUAAUGUCUAAACUUUGAGAAAAAAAGAAUCAUCCUGAUCACCUGAGCACUUCACUUUUGGGAAGGGGAGAAUACAGUGUAAGAAAGAUUUUAAAAGGCAGCAGUCAGAUUCCUGUGAAAUUGGGGUGAUUUAUGGAUGGUAAAUAGAGUCAAUAGUAUUUUAUUUCAUGAUCUGUGGUGCAACUUCUUAUGAUGUCCUUUCCAAGAGGAGGAUUCUUAAUAAUUGUACUUAUGUCUUUCCUACAAGCACAAACACAUCAUACCCUUUCAUAAUCAGUAAUUAGGAAUACAGGUAAUCCUUGACUUAAAACCACAAUAGGGACCAGAAUUUCUAUUGCUAAGCAAAGCAGUUGUUAAGUGAGUCAUGCCUGAUUUUAUGACUUUUUUGCCACAUUUAAGUGAAUCAUUGCAGUCAGUAAGUGCAUUAUGCAAUCAUUAAGGCUCCCCUCAUUGAGUUUGCUUGUUGGAAGCUGGCUGAGAAGGUUGUAAAUGGCUGUCACAUAACCUUGGAAAAAUGCCACCAUUGUAAAUGCAUGCCAGUUGCCAAGCACCCAAAUUUUGAUUAUGUGACCAUGGGGAUGCUGUAACUGUCCUAACUGCAAGGCCUGGUCAUAAGUUAUUUCUGCAGUGCCAUUGUAACUUCAAAUGGUCACUAAAGGAAUGGUUGUAAGUCAAGGACAACUUAAUUGUUUUAUGGUAAGUUUUCUAUGUUUAGAAAACAUUUAACAAAACUUUCUCAAUGGGUUUUGUCAAAAAUUCAUGAUAAUUUAAUAUUUCCCGAGCAUUUCAAUUGGGUUAGAAUACAAUUUUGGUUCCUUUUUCUUUCAUGAUUGUUCCUACUUUAUUCCAUAGGUGUGCCAGACAACUUUUUAAAAUAUAAUUCAUCAGCAUAGAUCUUCUUUAUUAUAGAAGAUUCUUGGGUGUGACUUUGUCAUAUUGAUGUGCCAGUAAUGUGAAGUGAUUAUGCCUACACCAUGUUGAUAUAAUGUGGAGUUUGUUUGACUUCUUUCUUUCAUAACUUCCAGUGUGUCCUGACUGAGUGCAGAAUAGAUCAACAUGGUGGUUGAAUGUGGCAUUAAGAGCAUUGUCAUAUAAUGUGAUAAUGUUUUUCUUGCUACAUUGUUAAGUGGAUCCUUAACUUUCAGAGAAGAAAAACUAUUAUAAAAAGAACCAUGAAUACCAAAAAUAGUACACAUACAGUAUAUACAGCAUAUACAGCAACAGAGUUUUAGAUGAUGCAAAAAUUGCUUAAAUUGGCUGGUUAUCGUGACAUCUUAACUCAAUCAUGUAGAUUUUCUGUUUGUUCUACAUAAUACUUUAGUUUUUCAUUUCUGGAUUUGGAUAUAGGAAUUUACAAGGAACGUUCAGUCUUAAUUCCUGACACUAAUAAGUAACAAUAUUUUGAAACUAACUUUUUUAAGUGCCAUUCUUUGGGGGAAAGGGACAAAUGAAGCAGUGUUUAGCAAGAGCUUUACAUGGAGGAAGCUUCCAAUUCACAACACCAGUUAAAACAGGAGUGUCAAACUCAUAGCUUUACAUUGUCAUCAUGUGAUAUAUUGCAACUUUUUUCCCCUUCGCUAAACCAGAGGUGGGUGUGGCCAGCAUGUGAUACAUCUGGCCUGUGGGCCACGAGUUUGACACCUCUCAGUUAAAAGAAACAUGAGGCAAGUGAUAAGAAAAUUUCCACCCAUGCCACUGUCAUGGUGGGGAGAGGUACAUUUGUCAAAAAACAGUUUGAUCUUAUGCUCUUAGCUGUUCAAGAAGGAAAAUGCUACACUAUUGAUCUGUUUUACUGACACACAAAUAGAAAGAUACAUCUUAGGCAACAUGUACUCUUGCUUUAGCAAAAUACCAUUUUUAAUCUAACAAAGCAUAAGGUUACCAUUUAGGGAUGAGGACUGUGGUAAUUUGCCAACAAGCAUGUACUUCAAGUGAAGGAAUCCCAGCUUCUGUUUAAAGGUAGGACUUCAGUAAUCACUGUAAACAGUACUGAGAUAAGGCAACUUUCUAUUUUGCCUCAUUAGUUUGAUUAUUUAGCUAUCCUACCCAGUUAUUAUUCCAUUAUGACUCAUAAUAUAUAAUUCAGUAGAUCCAGAGCUUAGGUAUUAUUUUUAAAGAAACAAAUGCUUAUUUUUUAAAAACAGAUGAUCUUGAAACAGAAAUAAUUAAAUGGAAAUUUAAACUGGGCAGCCCUGUUGCUUAAAUUUUAUUAUAAUCUUAAGUAAUUUACUACCAACUUUUAAACAAAAACUAGAAUGAAUUUUGUAAGCUGUAGAUACUCUUGCAGCCAAAGCACAAGUUUUUGAUAAAAGACAUAUGUUUAACAACUUGCCUAAUAUAUGCAUCUAACUAGGAUUUCAGAUUAGCUUGAUGAAGCUAGUGAAAAAUGGAUCGAUAAUUUUCUCCACUUCUUUAUGCCUGUGGGUGCAGAAAGUAUCUUGUUAGAAAUACACUUUUAAAAAUAUUGAUCCUUUCUUUGCAAGCUACCCUAACAAUCCAGACAACUAGACCUGUAGGAGACAGGUAAAACACGUUUUGCUGGUGGUAAUGCUUUAAAAUAUUUAAGGGACUGUGUACACAUCUAUGCAGAAAUAAAUUAUUUGGAGAUUGUUUUGCAGCUAUAAUAUUCCUCAGUUAACUUUUCUGCUUCAAACAUUUUUUUCCAUGUGUUCCAAUUUCAGACUGCCAAUACUAUAGUGCUAUGUUUUUCUAUGGUUGAACCCAUUAUUUUUUUAAAAAUUUUUUUGUGAUCUUCAUGCACAGGAUAGUUACAUUAAUAAAUCUGACAUAAUAGCUACCAUGUAUAACUAGCCAGAAUGUUGUUUUCCUUGCUAACUUAAGGGGAAGCAAGGUCCCUUCUUCCAACUCAGCACAGAUGUAGAGCAUUUGCUUUUGUUGUAUCUCUAUUUCCAGAAUGAAAUAAGUGCGAAGUUCUACCUCUACUUUGUAGGAGUGAUGUGAAAUGUGUUUUAUUAUGAGAAUUCAUGCUUUUGGAGCCACAGGUGGGCAAAUCACUAAAAAAAAUGGCUUGUGAUUUUUAUAUUUCAGCACCUGCCUUAGACCUUGAUUUUAGCCACUCUUACUGAAGGCCUCUUUUCCCUGCAUCUUGCUGUUUCUCAGGAGAUGCAGGACAAAUAUUUGCAGCACUAGAAAAGUCUGCACCUUUUUUUUUUUGCUGAGAGUGUGAUGGCAGAACAAUGUAGCAAUCCUCAAACUGAAAUGUAUAUUUUUGCUAGAAGUUCAAAUUUCAGAUGUUUUAAAACAAAUAGGGACUGACAAUAUAUAAAAAAGAAAUAAAUAUUUAAGAAACAA